CAUUUUGCACUGCUGUAGACCGCAUGAAAUAAAAAUCGGUGUGUCGAAAAAGUGGCUGCAAAUAUUUAUUAUUUAAUUUUUAUUACUCAAAAAUAUAAAAAACUCAAAAUACAAUAAGAAUUGUAUAGUUUAAAACAUUAACAUUUAAAAUACCCCGACAUCUAUGAAAAAAGGCAUAGCAUAUUCAUAAUUUCUGCAUAAAAAUGAAGGGAUUCGUAUUGAUAAAUUAUUAAUUCACGUCGCACUUAUUUAAUACGUUAUUGGUGAAAAAUUCUGACGAGAGCCGGGAAGAGUAUUGAAUUUUUAUUGUAUCAUCGCGCGACACCAAGAAGUUGAAAAUACACAAUUGCGAUGAUGUUCACGGGAACCAAUCAGCAGCAGGACACGCGGUUCAGCGACAAGGAAAAAAAACUAAUGAAGCAAAUGAAGUUUGGAGAUUGCCUAAGCAAACGGGUGGACAUGUCCAAAGUUAAAUUGGACGUCCUCCGACCAUGGAUAAGCAAAAAAAUCACCGAUAUUCUUCACAUCGAAGAUGAUGUUGUUGUCGAGUUUGUGUAUAAUCAAUUGGAAGAGGAGAAAUUUCCAUGUCCGAAAAAAAUGCAAAUCAAUAUGACGGGAUUCCUGAAUGGACGUAAUGCAAGGCAAUUUAUGGAAGAACUCUGGGCAUUGCUGCUAUCGGCUCAAGAAAGCGAAAGUGGAAUACCAGCUGAGUUUAUAAAUCAGAAAAAGGAAGAGAUAUUAAAACGCGAAGAGGAGGCACAUGGAAAUUCAUCUUCGAAACGUGAUCGUUCUGGUGAGAGAGAUAGGGAUUUCAAUGAUAGUCGCAAGCGAGAGCGUUCAAACGACAUUUCUUCGAGUUUGCCAAACCACAGUACGAUUGAACAGAUUAGGUCACACUUGAAAGCUAGAUCUAGAUCUAAGUCUCCUGAAGCAAAUAAUGUAGGUGGCAACUCUAAAGAUACUACCGCCGAGUCUAGUGGUGGAAAGGCGUCAUCUACCACGACUGCAGCAAUAGUCAAAGAUCGCUCUAAGUCACCGACAAGAGAUCGAGGUCGAUCUCCACGUCCAAAAUCAAGGAAUAGAUCGCCAAAGAAGUCAUCGAGGGAGAGAUCUGCAAGGCGUUGGGAUUCAUCGAGGGAUAGAAGGCGUUCAAGAUCUCGUCAUAGGUCCCCAGAGAGGAGACGACGUAGUCGUUCAAGAGAUCGCAAACCACCGCCACGUGGUAAGUCACCCAGUCGAAGGCGUUCGCGCUCGGUGUCUCGACCUAAACGAGCAAGCUCUCGAACUGACUAUCGGGUAUCGGAAAGAAAGUCUAAAUCUAAAUCUCCGAUUAAGAGGAAGGAAGUAUCGCCUUCGCCGAAGCCUGCCGAUGUUUCUCUCAACGGACACGAUGCGGAUGGUUCUAAGAAAUUGACCAAAGUACAAGCUAAGCUUCUGGACUUAGCAAGUGCACCUAAACGAAACGACAAGAGCCGCUCCAGGAGCUCUGAUUCACAUUCAUCUGUAAAUUCUAGAAAUAGAAAACCUGAUUUAAAUAAACGACGCUCCAGAUCAAGGUCUAUAGUUAAAAAAGGAAAAUCUCGUUCGCCAAGUUCCUCGUCGUCAUCAUCUGCUUCAUCGGUUGGCCGGAAGAAGCCCCGACGAUCACGUUCCGAAACAAGUUUAUCAUUGUCACCAGCAAACGGUAAAGAUGACUUUGAGAUUCGCAAAAAUCAAAAUAGUGUUCAGAAAAAACGGCAGUACAGAAAUAAUCGUGAGUCAUCGUCGAGCAGUUCUUUGGACAAGGGUCCACCGAGAAGGCAGGAAAUGCGACGCUUUGAUCAAGGACGCCGAUCCCCACGAGGCCGUAGUCCGCCACGAGGAGGAGGUGGUGGACGGAAUCGUUCACGAUCACCAAUGCGCCAACGAUCGCGUUCGAGGAGGCGAUCUCGCUCACGCAUAAGAUCAAGGUCAAGAAACCGUUCCAGAUCACCAAUGAGGCGCUCAAGGUCUCCAAGAAGGUUUAAUAACAGACGUCGAUCACCAAAUAAUCGAGGUCGUGGGGGUGGACUAGGUGGUCGAGGCCGCGGAGGAGGAGGCGGUGGUCGUCGCCGAAGCAUGAGUCGAGACCGCAUGCGUCGCAACAUGUCUCCGCGUCGUUCUCCACGCAGAUCUCCAUUCGAUCGAAGGUCCCCGAUUAGACGGCAAUCGCGAGAUCGUAAAUUCUCACCUAUGCGUGACAGAAGAUCUUCACCCUUCCGGGAUAGGAAGAUUUCACCACCUCCACGUCGCGUCUCACCUUUGCCAAUGUUGAGGAGGUCACGUGAACGUCGCUCGCCAAUGUUGAGGACUUCAAGAGAUCGUCGAAUGUCACCCAUCAAUGCAUCCAGAGAUCGGAGGAGAAUUUCCCCAUUACGAAUGUCCCCACGCCGUCCUUCACCUCCAGGACGUAUGUCGCGUGACAGACGUUCUUCACCUCCACGCUCCCUACGUGAUGGUCGACCAGGAUCCCGCGAUAGACGUCCAUCGCCUUUGCCGCGUAUGCCGUCUCGCGAAAGUCGACCUAUAUCACCAGUCAGGCGUGGCAGCUUCCGUCGUUCCAUACCUCGACAAAUGUCUAAACCAUUGCCGGUACGAAAUGAAGAACGAUGGGAACCUGCACCGCCGCUAAACAAGGCACGGUCUCGAUCAAUCAGUCCAAAUUGGGACAAUGAAGAUAUUCACGAGGCACCGAUUCGAAGAAGGAGCAUUGAAAAACCAGCCAGCCCUGUAAGGAAGAUUGUUCGACAAGAGAUAAAGAUGUCAAGAAAAUCGAGCAGUAGUUCAGAACGGAAGAGCAGUCCUGAAAAGAGAGUAAAACAACCUGUAUUCGACCGCAAACCUAGUCCAGUCCGAACCAGAGAACGCAGUAUUGAUCGCUCAUCUGACUAUCCUCCCAAACACUUAGAUCAUUUGUUGAAAGAGAAGAAAGAAGUUAUUUCGCGCUCCAAGGACAAGGUUGAGGAAGUGCGUCACAUUGCCCCCGUUGUGGUGGAACAAAUACAAAUUAAAACUGCACCGAUUCCAGCUCGAAAACCUGUCCCAAGAGAUAAAUAUAGCACAAGUUUAUCAAGGACCCCGUCCCCAUUCCUGAAACCCCACGAACGUGAGAAGGGCAAAGAAAAACCAUUGGCUGUUCAGAAGCAAGCCCCCGUUGUGGCCGCUCCUGCAAAAGUCGCUCCUAAAAAGAGCAAACCCAACAGUGACUCUAGCUCUUCAGAUAGUUCUGACAGUGAUGACAGUGAACCAGAGCAAGAGGAACGUAAGGUUCAAGGUAAGUCUCGCCGCGGACGGUCAUCUUCCUCUGACGACAAAAGUGACCACGAAAAACAGUCCAAAGCCCCUCCCCCGCCAGUCAAAUCCCGCAAAGACAUAGAAAUUGAACGCAAAUUAGAAAAAUCUGCAGAACCUCAAAAGCGUAAAAUCUCCACUGAAAUAAGAGAACAACCAGACAACAGCAAACGUCUGCGUGUGCCAGAGAAAAAGGAGAAACCCCGGAAAUCUAAUUCCGACUCCGAGGAGGAUGUUCGUCCUGCAAAUAAAAUCAAUGAUCGAACAGCUUCACGCAAACGAACGAUAUCUGCAUCCAAAAAGCCCCCGCAAAAAAUUAUUACGACCGCUAACGAUGAUUCUUCUGACUCAGAUCAGCCCAAAAAGAAAAGAAAGAAGAGCAAGAAGACACGACGUGAUUCAGAUAGUGACAGUUCUUCAUAUUCGGAAGCCGAAUCCAAGAAGAAAAAGCACAAGAAACACAAAAAACACAGCAAAAAAAGCAAGAAACAUAAGAAACACAAGAGGAAGAGCAAAAAGGCUGAUAGUAGUUCAAGCAGCGAUGACGAUGGGCCAGCUGUUGUCAAUGAAGAUUUGGAAAAACAGCUUCGCGAAAGGGCUCUAAAAUCAAUGAAGAAAUUAGACUAGAUACCACAUCCCUUUUAAUUGUAGACAGCUAUUAUAGACUUGAGCCGAAAUUUCCAUCAGAAAAGCAUUCUGCAUUCGCAUUCUGCCGUUAAGAUAUUUUGAAUCGUUGCCCUAUAUUCUUGUUUAUUUACAAAUGAUUCCCAUUCCUUUGCUGUUUGUGUGAAAUAUCAUUUCCUGGCUUUCUGCUGAGGCUCCAUUUUUACAACAUCCCCGAAUUUCUCCAAUUAAUAAUAAGAAAGCAAUUUAAAACUAAAACAAAAAAAGGAAAGAUUGAAAGAAAGAACAUUUAUAAGUUUACUUUAAGUUUGAUGUAGUAGACUUUCGCGUAUGUUGAUGUUUUUUUUUUUAAUAAUAAUAAUUAUUAUUACACCCAUGUUUUUCGUUUCGAUAUAGUAGCACUUUACAAUUUUAUAAAUUAUAAUAAAUUAUCUAUUGAAUAUAGAAGAGGACAUUUAAGAUACUAAGGACUAUUCAUACAAAUAAUACACAAGAAAAAAAAAACAUAAUAUAAACAAUAACUUAUGUAAGUAAGUACACACUUGGAAUGUGAAAUGAAAUAAUUUCAAUAAAAUUGUGUAAAAAUUAUCA